UAGCAUAAGUUUAGCCCAAAUUGACGUGACGUUCACCCGAAAAAUCUUAAACAGUUUCAGAGCGCUGACGUAGCGCACUGGUCUGGUGAACGCACCCAAUGAUAUAUCGAAACCCAAAAAAAAAGGAAGAAGAUAAACGUCAUCCGUCAUCCAGUCUCAUCUCGACAAAAAACCAAAACAUUUCUGACAUUUCUCAAAAUAAACUAGUUUUUGUUUUAUUGCUUAUAUGUAAUUCAGAUAUUUUGUGACUGUUUAAAUUAUGGAAACCAAAGAAGAUGUAAAAUAUAUUAAAGUUGAAGUUAAAGAAGAGUACGAGGAUGAUUUAGAAUCGAAAAUAUCCACAUACACUCCCAUCUCCUCAGAAAUUAAAAUUGAAGAUGUUGAAGGAUUUGCUAAAGAUGAGCCAGGAAUUUUCCUACCAGAGAUUAAAAUGGAAAAUAUGAAAACAGAAACAAAAGACUUCUCUAAUAAGAUACACGAUUCUCUAGAUGAUACUGAAAAAGAAAAAUUCAGUGAAUGUGAAAUUUGCCACAAGAAAUUCAAAGAAAGAAAACACCUGAAUCAACACAUGAGGAGGUUACAUAAAGAAAGAAAAUCUCUCGAAUGUGAGAUUUGCUCCAAAUCGUUUUCUGCUGGUUUUUCUUUAAGGAACCAUAUGCGCAUCCACACUGGGGAGAUGCCUUUCCAAUGCAAAAUCUGUUCAAGGAAGUUUACCAGAAAGGAUUUCAUGAAAAAACACUUGAUCACACACAGCGAGGAAAAAUCUUACACAUGUGAAGUUUGCUUGAGACCCUUUUCACUAUUGUCUAAUCUGCAAAGACAUAUAAGAAUUCACACAGGAAUUUGAUAACAAUGCGUUGUACAACCGAACAUGGUACUACUCUCUAGUUUAUCGCAACAGUAACUGACUGCACGUUAUUAGAGAACAAGCGGUAGCGGCCUAGCGCCCAGUCGUGCAUCAGACUAUAUAACCUCCCACCACAGGACUAAUCUAGACAUAUAAUAAUAAUAUUAAUAAUAAUGAAAAAGGUUUUUAUUCCAAAAAAAAAAUACAUACAAAUAUUGAUCGAAGUUUAGAUUACUCUUACAGUUAACUCACUAACUUGAUGCUGAAUUAAAUUCCUCAAAUGUUUACAAUUUAAAUGGCACUAAAAUUAUAGAUAUAAACAUAUAGAGUGAAACGAAUAAAUUUAAAUAAAUAAGAAAAAUGCUUUUUUUUUAAUUCACAUAAAGGAGAAGGCAAAGAAAGGACAGCAACUUAUUAUAUGGACUAAAAUUGCAGAUUAUUAAAUGGAUGCAGCAGAUUGUUUUAUUAAAUGUAAUGAUUGAGUUUAUUAAUAAAAUUUUUACUUCGGUUUCAAACUUUUUGGAGGUUUUAAUGUUUUUAAAUUUUUGUGGGACAGUUGUAGGCCUUAAUAGUUUUAUAGGUAAAAUAUUUUUUAAAUAUAAAUGUUCUAAACCUAGGAAGAGCAAGUGUUUCAGGAAAGCGAAUGGUGCGUGGAAGUGUAUGAAGCUGUUCUCUAAAUAUAAUUUUAUCUUUUAUGUAACUUGGUGUAUCUGUUUGAAUCACUUUAUGAAUAAAAACCAAAUUUUGCAGCUUGUAUUGAUUAGUAACACUAAGCCAAUUGAGUUCUUUUAUUUUAAGGGAUAUUCUGUCGUAUUUUCGAAGGGCAUGAAUCUACAUGCAGCAUGAAUUUUGUAUUUUUUGUAAUCGUUUGAGAUUAUUAACCGUUAGACAAGAACCAUAUAUAAAAUUAUAUCGUCAGUUUAUGCUAAGCAUGGACGGAAAGUCAGUUCCCAUUUGAUUCACCCACGUACAUAUCAAAUAAUUUUUAUUCAUGAAACAGAUUGGUGCAGGUCGACCUUAUAUCGGAUCCUCUACUAUUAUACAAAAAGUGAUUUACAAGACCACAUUGAUUUCCAAGGUUUUUAUCCAGAAUGAAUUUUCAAAUGCGUCUCCAAGUUACCAUUCCGAGAAAACUGCUUAGAACAGCUAUUACAUUUAUAUUUAUUUAUCUACGAUUUUUCGUUAGAGUGCAUAGACAAGUGUUUUUUGAAAUAACCUUGCUGAGAAAACCCUUUCAAACAAAUUUCACACUUAUAGGGCUUUUCUCUAGUGUGAACUUUAGCGUGGUCAUCCAAAUAUUCUUUUCGCGUGAACUGCAUAUUACAAAUUUCACACUUGUGAGGUUUUUCACCAGUGUGCAACAUCACAUGUCUUUUCAAACUACUUGCUCCGAAAUAAAGCUUAAAACAGAUUUCACACUUAUAGGUUUUUUCCAAUGUUGUGACUGCGUAAAUGUAUCGCCAAAUUACUGUUGUGAGAAAACAUCUAAAAACAAAUUUCACACUUAUAAGGCUUUUCUCCAGUGUGAACCAUCAAAUGCCUCUUCAAAGUUCCUGCUUCACUAAAUCGCUUAGAACAAAUUUCACACUCGUGAGGUUUUUGUCCAGUGUGCAAUCUCAAAUGUCUUCUUAAAGCUCUGACACCACUAAACUGUGUAGCACAAAUUUGACACUUGUAAGGUUUUUCUUUGGUGUGGACUGUGGCAUGUAUAUCCAAAGAAUUUUUAUAAGGAAACUGUUUUAAACAAAUAUUACACUUGUAAGGCUUUAUUCCAGUGUGCACUUUCAAAUUUCUUGCUUGAAUGAAUUGCUUAAAACUAAUUUCAAAUUUGUAACUUUGUCUUGAUUGGACUUAUUGAACACUACCAUAGCAUAUUCCUACUGUUUGUUGAAUUUGUGUUAUGGUUAGUCGAUGAUCUAUCACAAUAAGGUCACGAAUGGCGUCAAUAUUUUCCUGGGACGUGCAUGUUUUUAAACGUACAUGUUUUCACGAACUUGUCUAUGCCAAAAUUUCACUUGUGUACUGGACAGUGUUGAUCCCCCAUUUUGAUUUUUUUUCUUCGCUAAAAUCAGCAGGACCAACAUUUUGUUUUGUAAGGAAUUUGAUAACAAUGCGUUGUGCAACCGAACAUGGUACUACUUUCUAGUUUAUCGCAACAGUAACUGACUGCACAUCAUUAGAGAACAAGCGGUAGCGCGCAUUAGACUAUAUAACCUCCCACCACAGGACUAAUCUAGACAUAUAAUAAUACAUAAUAAUAAUAAUGAUAAAGGUUUUUAUUACAAAAAAAUAUACAUACAAAUAAUGAUCGAAGUUUAGCCUAGACAUUCCACAAAUGUUUACAAUUUAAAUGGCACUAAUUUAUAGAUAUGAACAUAUAGAGUGAAACGAAUAAAUUUAAAUAAAUAAGAAAGAUGCAUUCUUUUAAAAUUUACA